AUGAAAGAUGUAAUUGCUGGUGGUGUUUGUGGUGUAACAGCUGCUAUCAUUUCACAUCCUUUGGAAACAUUGUUUAUUCACCUAAAAAACAAUUUACUUGACUCUAAUAAAAAUCUAUUAUAUUCUAUUCUAUCUAUUUACAAAAAUCAAGGUUUGAUCAAUGGAUUCUAUCGAAGUAAUUUAAGUUUACCGUUGAUCAGUCCAGCAUUGGUUAUGUCGACACAGUUUUUAUUAUAUGGGCAAAUAAGUCGACAUCUUCAUAACUGGCAGAAUGAUAGUGAGCGUACAAUUGGAAAAUGUUUUCUGGCCGGUGCUCUCACUGGUUUCGGAUCAUCGUUCAUCGAAACACCUAUUGGCCUUGUUAAUGGACAAAUUGAAGGACAUUUGUAUCUUCGCCAUACACACGCAUUCGAUUUUCACGUAAAAGAUUGUUGUAAAUAUAUUUAUGAAUGUAAUGGCGGUUUGCGUGGUUUUUAUAAAGGAUUCUUCGCGACUCUCAUUUUUUCAAUACCUACGUCGAUGUUUUAUUUUGGCGGUUAUGAAUAUGUGAAAAAUCAUCUUUACCAAACACAUGCUCGAAUCUUUGGCUCCACAAAGAAAGAUAAACAUUUACGUAUGGGUAUUUUGUUAAGUGGAGCAGUAGGUGGCCUUUGUGCCUGGUCAAUUUGUUAUCCAUUGAAUCGGAUUCGAUCUGAAAUUCAAUCAGAUGAUUUGAGACGCGAACGUCGUAAAUAUACAUCGUAUAUCGAUUGUGUCAAACAAAUGUAUCAACAUCAAAAUAGCGUACGCACAUUUUAUCGUGGUUUUCUUAGAGGAAUCUCAAAAGCGAUACCGAUCAAUGCUGCUUGUUUUCUAGCUUAUGAAGAAGUAUAUCACUUAAUGGAGUAA